ACAGUUGGAACUCUGCCAUUGUCCAGCAUGCUGCAGCCCCAUCUGUCACCCACCUUGUCGAUGGGAUUUCAUGUGUUAGCCAUGGUGGCUCUCUUGUUCUCCCAUGUGGACCAUAUAAGUGCUGAGACAGAAAUGGAAGGAGAAGGCAAUGAGACGGGCGAGUGUACUGGCUCCUACUACUGUAAGAAGGGGGUGAUUUUACCCAUUUGGGAGCCCCAGGACCCUUCCUUUGGGGACAAAAUUGCUAGAGCGACUGUGUAUUUUGUGGCCAUGGUCUACAUGUUUCUUGGAGUCUCCAUCAUUGCUGACCGGUUCAUGUCCUCUAUAGAAGUCAUCACGUCUCAAGAGAAAGAAAUCACCAUAAAGAAACCCAAUGGAGAGACCACCAAGACAACUGUGAGGAUCUGGAAUGAGACAGUGUCCAACCUGACCUUGAUGGCCCUGGGAUCUUCAGCUCCAGAGAUUCUCCUUUCAGUAAUUGAGGUGUGUGGCCAUAACUUCACUGCAGGAGACCUUGGUCCUAGCACCAUUGUGGGGAGUGCCGCAUUCAACAUGUUCAUCAUCAUUGCGCUUUGUGUUUACGUCGUCCCGGAUGGGGAGACGAGGAAGAUCAAGCAUUUGCGUGUGUUCUUUGUGACAGCAGCAUGGAGCAUCUUUGCCUAUACCUGGCUUUACAUCAUCUUGUCUGUCAGCUCCCCUGGGGUCGUGGAGGUCUGGGAAGGUUUGCUCACUUUCUUCUUCUUCCCCAUCUGUGUUGUGUUUGCUUGGGUGGCAGACAGGAGGCUUCUGUUUUACAAGUAUGUCUACAAGAGGUAUCGGGCUGGCAAGCAGAGGGGAAUGAUUAUUGAACAUGAAGGAGACAGGCCAUCUUCCAAGACAGAAAUUGAAAUGGAUGGGAAAGUGGUCAAUUCCCAUGUUGACAGUUUCUUAGAUGGAGCCCUGGUUCUAGAGGUUGAUGAGAGGGACCAAGAUGAUGAAGAAGCCAGGCGAGAAAUGGCUAGGAUUCUGAAGGAACUCAAGCAGAAGCAUCCAGAGAAGGAAAUAGAGCAAUUAAUAGAAUUAGCCAAUUACCAAGUCUUAAGUCAGCAGCAAAAAAGUCGGGCAUUUUACCGCAUUCAAGCUACCCGCCUGAUGACCGGAGCGGGCAACAUUUUAAAGAGGCAUGCAGCAGAUCAAGCCAGGAAAGCCGUCAGCAUGCAUGAGGUCAACACGGAAGUGGCUGAAAAUGACCCUGUCAGUAAGAUCUUCUUUGAACAAGGGACAUAUCAGUGUCUGGAGAACUGUGGCACAGUAGCCCUGACCAUUAUCCGCAGAGGUGGUGAUUUGACCAACACUGUGUUUGUUGACUUCAGAACAGAGGAUGGUACAGCCAACGCUGGAUCUGAUUACGAAUUUACCGAAGGAACUGUGGUCUUUAAGCCUGGUGAGACCCAGAAGGAAAUCAGAGUUGGCAUCAUUGAUGAUGACAUCUUUGAGGAGGAUGAGAAUUUCCUUGUGCAUCUCAGCAAUAUCAAAGUAUCUUUGGAAGCCUCGGAAGAUGGCAUCCUGGAAGCCAGUCAUGUCUCUACCCUUGCUUGCCUGGGAUCUCCGUCCACUGCCACCGUGACUAUUUUUGAUGAUGACCACGCUGGCAUCUUUACUUUUGAGGAACCCGUGACUCAUGUGAGUGAGAGCAUUGGCAUCAUGGAGGUGAAAGUCCUGAGAACAUCUGGAGCACGUGGAAAUGUUAUCGUUCCCUAUAAGACCAUUGAGGGGACUGCCAGAGGUGGAGGAGAGGACUUUGAGGACACAUGUGGAGAGCUCGAGUUCCAGAAUGACGAAAUUGUCAAAACAAUAUCAGUCAAGGUAAUUGAUGAUGAGGAGUAUGAGAAAAACAAGACCUUCUUCCUUGAGAUUGGAGAGCCCCGCCUGGUGGAGAUGAGUGAGAAGAAAGCCCUGUUAUUGAAUGAGCUUGGUGGCUUCACAAUAACAGGGAAAUACCUGUAUGGCCAGCCUGUCUUCAGGAAAGUUCAUGCUAGAGAACAUCCACUCCCCUCUACUAUAAUCACCAUCACAGAUGAAUAUGAUGACAAGCAGCCACUGACCAGCAAAGAAGAGGAAGAGAGGCGCAUUGCAGAAAUGGGGCGCCCCAUUCUGGGAGAGCACACCAGACUGGAGGUGAUCAUUGAAGAAUCCUACGAGUUCAAGAGUACUGUGGACAAACUGAUUAAGAAGACAAACCUAGCCCUUGUGGUUGGGACGAACAGCUGGAGAGAGCAGUUCAUCGAGGCGAUCACUGUCAGUGCUGGGGAAGAUGACGAUGACGACGAAUGUGGGGAGGAGAAGCUGCCCUCCUGUUUUGACUACGUGAUGCACUUUCUGACUGUGUUCUGGAAGGUCCUCUUCGCCUUUGUCCCCCCGACAGAGUACUGGAACGGCUGGGCGUGUUUCAUCGUCUCCAUCCUCAUGAUCGGCAUACUGACGGCUUUCAUUGGAGACCUCGCUUCCCACUUCGGCUGCACCAUUGGCCUGAAGGAUUCUGUGACCGCGGUGGUGUUCGUCGCGCUUGGGACCUCAGUGCCAGACACAUUCGCAAGCAAAGUGGCAGCCACGCAGGACCAGUAUGCGGAUGCGUCCAUAGGUAACGUCACAGGCAGCAACGCGGUGAACGUCUUCCUGGGCAUCGGCGUGGCCUGGUCCAUCGCUGCCAUCUACCACGCGGCCAACGGGGAACAGUUCAAAGUGUCCCCUGGCACGCUAGCUUUUUCUGUCACUCUCUUCACCAUUUUUGCUUUCAUCAAUGUGGGGGUGCUGCUGUAUCGGCGGAGGCCAGAAAUUGGAGGUGAGCUGGGUGGGCCCCGGACUGCCAAGCUCCUCACAUCCUGCCUCUUUGUGCUCCUGUGGCUCUUGUACAUUUUCUUCUCCUCCCUGGAGGCCUACUGCCACAUAAAAGGCUUCUAA